CUGGAGUUGAGGAAAAUGAGUUGGGCUGUGAGAGGGAGGGGAGUUGCGGCACAUAUUACAAGAGACUGUUCACACUCAGCGGUCUCUCAGUGCGUAAUCUCUCUUCAGCCAUCCACCAGUUAACCCCCUCCUCCCUAUCCACAGACCACCAAGAUGGAAACACACACUUUAAUCCUCUUGCUUUUCACAUCAUCAGAAGUAUGGUUUUACAACGCUCACGCCGGUGAAGAUGAAGUUUGUGAGACAUUGCCAUCUGAAAUACACAUCACCAAAGAGGAAUUUGAUGAGCUUGGAAGACUUCAGAGAACUUGCAACGGUGAUGUUGCUGUGAACAAGUGCGAAGGAGCUUGUAAUUCUCAAGUGCAGCCCAGUGUUGUAACGCCUACCGGUUUUCUCAAGGAAUGUUUCUGCUGUCGAGAGAGCUUCUUGCGGGAGAGAACGAUCACGCUCACCCACUGCUACGACCCUGACGGCAUGCGACUGACGGGCGCCCCCCACUCCCAGAUGGACGUCAGGCUGAGAGAGCCCGCCGAAUGCAAAUGCUACAAGUGCAGUGAUUAUUCUCGAUAGCUUUCAUCUGCCUAAACUUGACUGAAUUUUACAAAUAUGUAGCCUAAUUGUAUUAACUACGCGUUGAAAACGAACGAUGAUUCAUUUUUUUGAGUAGUUAGCUUGUUUGUUGUUUAUCUAUGACAUUUUUGCUAAAUCAACUCUAUAUAUUAUUCUGUAAAUACAAAUCACAUGGAAAACAUACAUAUUGAACGCGUACAAUCAUUCUCCAUCAUUGAAAUUCACGUAAAGUGUAAAAUUGUCAUUGAAAUUGUAAGAAGUUCGAAAUAAAACGUUUUCUCGUCAUGUCAUUCAAA